CUUAACAUGCAUUAAGCUAUGACUCAUAGGCGCAUUUUUGACUCAGACAGGGAGAGAGAGAGAACUCGCAGCCACGGGACCGUUCAAACAAACUUUACAAAAUCGUUUCCAUUUGUACUCCCCGUCCCCCCUCCUCUCUCCUUGUCACCACCGACUGUUCCCACGCGGGAUUAUUCGACUGCGGGACUGAUGGAUUAUUUUUGGGUCGUGACUUUAUUCACAGCGUUAGGUUUUGUAGACAACCUCCAGGUUUACGGCAACCACGGGAAUGAUUUUAUGGGCAGAAUUCGAAAGUUCAGUCAACUCUGCAUGUUCUGUGACGUUGAGCAAACCAACUGCACUAAUGAUGGGACCUGUAAAAGUAACUGCAGCAAGAGCUCCAUUUGUGAGAAAGUGGUUGAAGUUUGCGUCGCAAUCUGGAGGAAGCAAGAUGCCAAUGUAACCAUAGAGACUCUGUGCCACGAUCCAGCAGUCCCCCUCUAUGGACAUCUGCUGGAUGAUUACAAUAACACAAAGUGCAAAAUGAAAGAGAAGAAGGCUCAAGGUUCUGUGUUCUACAUUUGCUCAUGUUCCGAGGUGGAAGAAUGCAAUGACCUUCUGAAAUUCAGUGAGAACGAGGUGAAAGAGGACGAGGAGCCGAUCUUGGAGGUGGUCCUGGUCACCCUGGUCCCACUGGUCAUCAUCGCCGCUGUGGUUAUAGUGGGUUAUUACAUGUAUCGGGUCCAGAGACUGAGGGGCCUGAACCUGGAGUGGGCGAAGGGACAGAAGGUGAAGAGGUCGGGCCACCGGAUGCGGGGGGCGAUGGACCGCAGCGAUGGUUGCAACAUCCGCCUGGGCGAUGACCAGUCCGACAUCAGCUCCACCUGUGCCAACAACAUCAACCACAACACGGAGCUGCUGCCGCUGGAGCUGGAUGGCGUGGUGGGCAAGGGCCGUUUCGCCGAAGUCUACAAAGCCAAGCUGCGGCAGAGCACCGCCGAGCAGUUCGAGACCGUGGCCGCCAAGAUCUUCCACUUCGACGAGUACGUGUCCUGGAAGAACGAGAAGGAGAUCUUCUCCGACGUCAACCUGAAGCACGAGAACGUGCUGCAGUUCCUGACGGCCGAGGAGCGGGACACGGAGAUGGGCAAACAGUUCUGGCUGAUCACUGCCUACCACCCGCAGGGCAACCUGCAAGACUAUCUGCUCAGGCACGUGGUGAACUGGGAGGACCUGUGCCUGCUGGGGGGAUCGCUGGCCCAAGGGAUCGCCCACCUGCACAGUGAAUACACCCCCUGUGGCCGCCCAAAGAUUCCCAUCGCCCACCGCGACCUCAAAAGCUCCAACAUCCUGGUGAAAAAUGACUUGACCUGUUGCCUGUGUGACUUUGGGUUGUCCUUGCGGCUGGAGUCCUCUCUGUCCGUAGAUGAUUUAGCUAACAGUGGCCAGGUGGGCACGGCUAGAUAUAUGGCACCUGAAGUGCUGGAGUCGCGAAUUAAUUUGGAGGAUAUCGAGGCGUUUAAACAAGCAGACGUGUAUUCACUGGCCCUCGUGCUGUGGGAGAUGUUAUCGCGAUGCACAGCUGCUGGCGAAGUGAAAGACUACGAGCCAGCCUUUGGUUCUAAGGUGCGGGAGCAUCCCUGCGUGGAAAGCAUGAAGGAUGUUGUUCUCAGGGAUCGGGGAAGGCCUGAGAUCCCCAACAGUUGGCUCAAUCACCAGCUUGUGCAGCAGGUAUGUGAGAUCAUUGUGGAAUGCUGGGACCAUGAUCCUGAGGCCCGGCUCACCGCUCAGUGCAUCGUGGAACGUUUCAGUGAUUUGGACCAAAUGGACAAACUCUCUGGGCGAAGCUGCUCGGAGGAGAAGAUCCCUGAAGACUGCACGGUCAGCGAGACUAAACAGACCCUGAAAGCAGUGACGGUGGUGUAGGACAUGGGCCAACUGACUGAGAGGGGAAAAACAACCCAUAGCAAACACCAAAGUGUCAGCGGAAAACUUUGCACCAGCGGGGACAGUUUGACAGAAGUCCCACAGAAGAAAUUCUUGUGUCACUGACUGAGUAACACAAAGACAGUGGAAAUCUGGGAGUGCCAAAAGCAAAAGGCUGGAAUUUUUCAAUUGUUAUAGGAUUGCAUUUUCUGAUUGGUGACAGCUCAGGAAGCCAAAGAUUCCAUCUUGUAACCUUUGACCAUGCACUUUAUCAAUGUGUGUAUAUAGAAAGUAUAGCCACAUACUUUUGAGAAACUUUUGAAGUUUCUGUUCUGUAUUCAAACUCUCCUCAUCAUAGGAAUCAGUGCCUGUUGUACCAAGGCGCUGUACACAGCAACAAGGCGCUUAAAAUAUCCACUCUCCCAAAAAUGUCAUGUUAUUUUCUGCAUUGGGUUUGAUGCAGGAACAACCUGGAAUGGAUUUAGUGCAUGAAAUAGGAAUGAACUGGGGACGAGAUGUUGGAGUAAGGAAGGAAGAGACAUGCCACAAUCUGGGGCGUAAAAGCAGGACUUGCUCCUGGCUCGGUGACCUCUGACAUCCUCUCACUGGAGAGUGGGGCUGCUUCAUUCAAUGUUAAAUCAAAUCAAAAUCUUCUCAUCUUGUUCAACAGUCGGAUGGUAAUGGCCUGGACUAGAUUGAUUUAUAUGUACCUGAGGUGGAGAGAUGUGAUCAUUGGGAUGAUGGUGGUGACCAGAAUGGACCUGGUCUUUCAUUGACCUAUUCAUCCCCUCUGUGCUCGAGUGUCCUUUAGCACAAAGGGGAUGCACAGAGCCCCCUUAAAGCACAGUCCAGAAUGACCACAAGAUAGACAUGGUAGUCACAGUGUCUCAAAUGGACACCAUUCCAUGUUAAGGACAGCUUCCUCCCAGCUUUGCGAUUACGAAGGUGGAACAGGCCAACUUGGGUCUGCACAAGGUUUGCCUUCAGUUGGUUGUCCUUGUAGUAGUUUGUCAAGUUGUGUAAGGAUGAUGAGAGGGUCACUUCUACCUCAUCUAUGUGAGUGCUCUGGGCUGCUAUUCCAAGGUCACCAGCACAAAUGAAGCUUCUCAAGGCUCAGGGCUCAAUGGCCUUGUCUUCCAAUGGUUUUCGAGUUCAAUUAAAGUUGUUUUGCCAACUGUCAAGGAUGCGUAAUCCACAUAUUAAUGCUUCUUGGAAUUGGAUAUUCUUUUGCAACCUCCUCAUGGUAUUACAAAUCAUAAGCUGUGUGUAUGCUCAUACUUUGAACUGACUGUACAAUUUACCGCCACUGGUUUUGUGGGCCUUGGACAUGGUUUUAUCAAGUUUGGGGGUAUAAGUUGCUUGAAUGUAUUUUUAAGAAAUUGUAACUAUAUAUAUAAUCUUUUUAUAUCUUUUUUGUAAAUGCUGGAGUUUUCAACUUGCAUUUUUAUAUAGCACUUAAUAUGUGAGACAUAUGAUUAAAAAGGAUGCAAAGUGAUGUUUCAUAGGAUAAAUGUAUCUAACCGUUCUUUUUAAAGAGCUUUCAAUCGAGAUGGCAUUGAAAAGAUUUCAAGUCGAUAUCAGGACAAAAACUAUUAGUAACCUGUUGCCUCUAAAUGGCCAGUUUGGUGUAGUGCCUAAUCAAUAUUUUUUUUUACUAUCCUUAAUUGUUCAAAUACCAUGAUGGACCAUAGGUUUCAUUGGUACAGUGAACCAUGAAUCCAAUCUUCAGCAUUCAUCUCAAAAGUGAGGAAGAAUUGGAUUGAUGAAGCAUGAUUUUUGAUAUGGAGGGUAUAUAUUGGCUGCUAGUUGGACCAUCAACUUCACUAAUCUGACAGCAAUCUGUAUCUUUCCUUUUUGGGGCCACAAACAUGGGUGUGAGCCAUGGCAACACUUCCUACCAAGUGAGCAUCAAUCCUGGGCCACCCAGCCAAAGUAGAUCUGCCAUGUCUGAAUAUUGAACUAUUAUCAACUGAAUAUUGAUUUAUAUGCACUACAUGCUGGUCUUUAUAGAUGCUUGCCUCAAACUCUGCACAAGACUCUUUCAGUGCACACCUAGCUGGCCUUCUAUCCUUCCACAACUUGCCCACCCAAAAUGCUGCUGCUUGUGUCCGAAUGUGUUCCAUCUUGUUCUCCUAUCUCUCACAUGUUCUGUGACUUGUAUUGCCUUGCCAGUAAUGUCCCAAUUUCCAAUUCUUGAUCAUCCCUCCACUACUGACUCUGUUUUCAGUUACCAAGUCCCUCUAUUCCGAAAUUCCCCACCUAAACUUGUCUCUACAACUAUACUUUUAUUUUCCCCCGACAUUUUCCAAAUGUCAUAGUUAUCAAAUUUUGUCCGAUAAUGUUCUUGUGAAGUGUCUUGGGAUAUCUUGCAACCUUUCAGGAAUUAUGUUACAAUUGCGUUAUUGCUGGUGGAUCUUGUACUAAAUGCGAACUGAAUUUUCAAUAAUUUGUAUAUUACAAUGAUUUGGGACUUCAGUCCAUUAAAAAAGAAAUGAAUGUAAUCUGUUGCAGUGCAGGGAAAUAGAAACCUUUAUCUGAAUGAUUAACAAUAUAUUUUACUCAUUUUUGAAGUAUAGCCAAGCUUAUAUGUACAUGUGUGUUAACCACACAUUUAUCAUCUUUGCAAUGUAAAGAGUGUAAUGUAUGUAUUUAAUAAAGACAUUAAAACAAAUGAA